AUGGGGAUGUUCUUGUACUUGCUGCCAUUGCUCUUCGCCUCAGGGGCUUCCGAAGAUUUGGUGUUGGAUCCCACCUUUGCGAACAAAUGCUCGGCCAGCAAAGAGGCCAGGAUAAGCAACUGCCUGCAGGUGAAUAACAUUCUCAAUAUUUGCAUUUAUUUGUUUCAAAAAAAAAUAUUAAAAAAAUAUUUCCAAAAUUUUAGCCGAUUAUUGACUAUGCUAAUUCGAUCCAAAAAACUUCGACCGAGGAUGAGAACACACCCUUUUCUCUCAAGGGAGGCGAGGUGUUUUCAAAAUUAUGCAAUCUGUACACAGACUUUAAGGUGAGUCUUCGUAUGAUUACACACUUCUAAGUUAAUUUAAUCAUCUUAUAAUCCUAUGUUAGGAUUGCACAGCAGAUGUGCAUUGUCAUUCCAUCUCCAUCGAGGCCGUGGAAGCCUCUUAUGGAUACAUGUGCGGAGCUGGCCACAAUCUGUUCGAGAAACACGCCGCUUGUUUCGCUGAGGUCGAGGCCCAAAAAGAAUAUAAUUUAUGCCGAAAUGCCGCAGGGAAAGCGAUGGAUGACGCGGUAAAGACAAAGAAACAUAACCUGGACAAGUACUUCUACAACUUGUGCCAGAUAAUGGACGACUACCUGAGGUGUUGUCGCCCUUUUGUCGUGGAAAAGUGCGGGUCCGAUGCUUGGAGAUUGGUUGCUCAGGUAAAUAAAUAACUAUUUGAGAUGUUUAACGAGAAUUACAGAUUACUGUAGACAGUUUACGUGUUACAAUGCCCGAUUGUGAUGUUAAUCGAGCUUUAUUAUAG